CUCAGCUGUUAUUUUGACAUAACAAAUAACAAUUUUAGUUAAUAAAAAUGCAAAUAAUUCGAAAUUUCAGCCGAAAACUUCUUAAACACCAAUACCUCUGCCCGCCAAGGGUGUCCUACCUGUACUUCAGCACAGCUAAAGAUGCAUCUAAGGAACUGCCUCUGGCCGCUGGAUACCAGCCCAAGCCGGUGGAGGAAGCCUAUUGGGAGCGGGAAAAUCGCCAGGCGGACAUAGCCAAGCCAAAGAGCGGAGCCUGCAAGCGUGGAACCUACCGCAUGCUGCUACCGCCGCCAAAUGUCACCGGGAAUCUGCAUUUGGGGCACGCUCUGAUGGCCACCGUGCAGGAUGUGAUUGCUCGCGAGCGCCGUCAGCUGGGCUAUGAGGUGGACUGGGUGCCGGGCACAGAUCACGCUGGUAUAGCCACCCAAGUGGUGGUAGAGCGCACCAUUGCCGCUGCUCAGGGAAAAACGCGCCAAGAGCUGGGACGGCAGGCCUUCCUGGAUGAGGUGUGGCGCUGGAAGGCGGAAAAGGGUGCAGGUAUCGUGCAGGAUCUCCGACAACUAGGUUGCAUCCUCAACUGGGAGCGCGAGUACUUCACGAUGGAUGAGAAGCAGGCGCAUGCCGUGAAUGUGGCCUUUGAGCGACUCUUCGAAGAGGGUCUCAUUGUCCGGCGCAACUCCCUGGUCAACUGGUCCACUUCCCUGCGCUCAGCCAUUUCCGAUAUUGAGGUUGAUUUGCUGGACAUCAAGCAGCCGAUGGAGAUCCCCGUUCCGGGCUACGAGCGGAACGUGCUCUUUGGCCGGAUCUACGACUUUGCCUAUCGCGUCGUCGAUGGUGAGACUUUGCCGGAUGGCAGUGCCGAGGAGAUUGUAGUUUCCACCACCAGACCGGAGACCAUUUUGGGCGAUGUAGCCGUCGCCGUGCAUCCUCUGGAUCCGCGCUACAGCAAAUAUCGAAACAGGGAGGAGGUUAAGCUGAAGCAUCCCUUCCGCGACGACACCAUACCGCUGAUCUUUGACAUCGCUGUGGACCAGGAGUUCGGCACUGGAGCUGUGAAGAUCACGCCCGCCCACGACAAGUUCGACUUUGAGGUGGCCACUCGCCACAAGCUGGUGCCGCGUCAGGUCUUCACCGAAACUGGCCUUGUGACGGAGACGCAUCCGGAGUUCAAGGACAAGCCCAGGUUCGAGGCGCGAGAACUGAUCGUCAAUAAGUUGGAGGAAAUGGAGCUACUGCGCGAGGUGCGCGCCCACAGCAUGCAGUUGCCCGUCUGCUCGCGCUCCAAGGACAUCAUCGAGUAUAUGAUCCAGCCGCAAUGGUUCCUCAAGUGCAAGGAUCUGGCCCAGGAUGCCCUCUCCGAGCUUCACAGCGGCCGUUUGCAGAUCCAUCCGCCGAGCUUUGAAACGGAAUGGGAACGCUGGCUGCAGGACAGUCGUGACUGGUGCAUAUCCAGGCAGCUGUGGUGGGGUCACCAAGUCCCAGCCUACCAGGUGACCGACUCCGCCAACGGCACCAGCCACUGGGUGGCCGCGCUCACCGAAGAAGAUGCCCGUCGGAAGGCCAAGCAAUUGGUAGGCAGCGAUCAAUUCAUUCUGACACGUGACCCAGACGUAUUGGACACCUGGUUCUCCUCCUCGUUGCUGCCGUUCUCCGUGGCCGGCUGGCCGGAUGAGAGUUACAAGGAGCGGUAUCCACUGGACUUGAUGCAGACUGGCCACGACAUUUUGUUCUUUUGGGUGGCACGCAUGAUGAUGAUGGGCCUGAAGUUGACGGGCGAGGCGCCCUUCCAGAGGAUCCUCCUCAAUGGCAUAGUUUGCGAUGCCCAAGGCAGGAAGAUGUCCAAGAGUCUGGGUAACAUUGUGGCCCCCCAGCAGGUGGUGCAGGGCGCCAGCUUGGAGAGCCUUAAGGCUGGUCUGGAGCAGUCCUGCGAGGCGGGCAUCAUCAAGCCCGAAGAGCUCAAGACCUCCACAGCUGGCCUGAUGAAGAUGUUUCCCAAGGGCAUUCAGGAAUGCGGCACAGAUGCCCUGCGCUUCACCCUGAUGAGCCACAACAUCAAGAGCCACUUCAUCAGCUUCGAUGUCAACGCCUGUUACACCAAUAAGCUGUUCCUGAACAAGAUCUGGCAGGCGAUGCGGUUCACCAUGGGCUCUGCCAAGGGACUGGGCGUUUCGUUGAAGGAUUUCGAGACACUCAACGGUGUCAGUCUGGGUGUGUGGGAUCGCUGGAUCCUGGGCCGACUGGCGGAAACCUUGUCUAUUGUCUCCGAUAGCUUCACCAACUACAAUUUCCAUGUGGCCACAGCCGCUUUGAAGACGUUUUUCUAUCAAAAUCUCUGUGAUACUUAUUUGGAGACCACCAAGACGGCGAUAAGCAACCGCGAGGACAGCGCCUACAUCCAUGUGGGCACUCUGACCGCCUGCCUCAGCUGGGGCCUGCAGGCCAUGUCCCCGUUCACACCCUUUGUGGCCAGCGAGUUGCUGCAGCACGUGCCUAUGAAUGUCGAACUCAAGCUGUCCGAAUUAAGAGACCAGAAGCUGGAGGAUGAGGUCAACGAAAUGGUCAACAUCUGCCAGAGCGUGCGGCAGGUUAAAAGUCGCAACGAGAUCAGCAAGCGCCACCAUCCGCAUCUCACUUUGUUCGCCCAGAAUGCCGAGUCCCAGGACAUCCUGCGUCGCCACUUGCCACAGAUCAAGGUGCUAACGCGCUGUGAGGCCGUGGAGCUGGAGCUUAUGGACGAGAACGCGAAUAUCCCACAGAAGCAGAACUUCUACUCGACGGCGGGUGCACUUUGCUCUUUUGGCAUCACCGUCAACGAGGAAGUGGGCCUGGCCUCUGAGAAGCGCGACGAGAUGCAUCAGGCGAAUAUGAAGAAGCUCAAGAAACUGGUCAACGAGCUGCAGAAGUAUCGCAUGCGUCUGGACAACGAGGCCUUUCAGCUGAUGGCCAACAAGGACACCAAAUUGCAUUUUGAAAAUAAGGUCAAGGAGUUGGAGGCGGAAAUCGACAGCCUCAUCCGGCUGUCUGCGUAAUCGUGAUUGUCUAGUCUAGAAAAUGCUUUUGUUGUUUAAUUGCCGAAUCGACUUGGUCGUGUGUUAUGUUUUAGAAUUAAUAAAUAAUUAAAAAAAAAAAA